AUGGAUACUCAUACCGCCCACGCUCGUGCUAUUAUCGACAAUUUCCACAGAAAUGUAGCUGAAGCAGAAAGACAACAGCGCCAGCUCCAGACUAGAGAGAGUGAGCAGGAAUUCUACGACAUGUACAGUCCAUGUAACCCUUCGUCGACUUUUCACGAUCUUCAGUGUGGCCAUCGGAUUCAGACUGAGUACACUGCAAGCUGUGGCGUGACCUGUGUGCAUCCCAUGCAAGGCCAGCCGUUCGCAUGCCCGAGUUGUCUGAUUGAUGUAGUACGUGCGGAAGUAGCCCUAGACAGUCUUACUCUUGGAUCCAGUAAUGACACUCCCAUGGAGGGUAUCGAGUCGAUUGAGGACAGAAUACAGCACUUCGCCAACAAGUACGUCGCGGCAAUGUUGAGGAAGGAUUACCGGGGAUGUAAAGCAGCUUCCAAAAUCGACGAACCUCGCAUGCAGUUCUUCGACCAAUUCAUGCGACAAGAUGGCUUUGGAGGAGUGGAAGAUGCGCCUUCUGAUGAAAAGAUAACGAAGCCUCGAAAACGUCCCGGUACGGCGGUCCAUAAGAACCUAGCCAAGGUGAAUAAGCCAUAUCGAAAGCAACCCGGCAGAUGGGAUUAUCGUGAUCCGACAUCAAACGAUGGAGUCUCUAAAGCCGUGUUACGCAAGAUUCCGGGUGACGAUGAGGCAGAGGACACAGAUAUAAGCCAAGGAAUAGUAGGCGACGCUAUAGGAGUAGGGCGUUCAGAACAGUCCGCUGACGCUGGUGUCGAUCUUGUUCCGCAGAAAGAAGCAACCGAGGCUGUACGAAAGGCCAUGGAGGCGUUCGCCUUACUUUCGACCUAG